UUCCCUUUCCGGUAUAAACAGAGCGGGGCUUUGCGGCCUGGAGGAAAGAUGUCGGACUCGGAGAGUGAGGAGGAGGAGGAGGAGGGCCAGGGGCAGGGCUCCUUCUCUUUGGCUGGCUUCCUCUUUGGGAACAUCAACGCCGAGGGCCAGCUGGAGGGGGAAGGCCUCCUCGACCAGGAAUCCAAAAAGCACUUGGCUGGACUUGGGGCACUGGGUCUGGGCAGCCUCAUCACUGAAAUCACAGCUAGCGAAGAGGACGUUUCGGAGGCCGAUGGAGCCCAGCUGGAUGAGGAAGGCUGGGUUAAGAGCACUGAAGAUGCCGUGGAUUAUUCGGAUAUCAAUGAGGUGGCUGAGGAUGAGAGCCGCAGGUACCGGCAGGCGAUGGGCAACCUUCAGCCUGUUCAGAGGGCAGAUGACGAUGACGACUAUGAUGCUGAUUCGGAAGACAUUGAUUCCAAGCUGAUGCCUCCCCCUCCCCCGCCUCCGGUGCCAGUGAAAAAGGAAGAUGAGAAGGAAGCCGCUUCCUCAGGCUCGGAGGAUGGAGACGGCAUCAUUCUUCCCUCUAUUAUUGCUCCCUCGACUUCGGAGAAGUUGGAUUCCAGCAGCUCUUCAGAUUCUGAGUCAGAGAUGGGACCCCAGGAUUCGAGGAAGGCGGAAUCCAAGGAAGGGGAGCUCACACUGCCCCUGGCGGGGAUCAUGCAGAGAGACACCACCAAGGCCUUGCCAUGCGUCACAGAGCUCUUUCCUGAAUUCCGCCCAGGAAAGGUGCUCCGCUUCCUGCGCCUCUUUGGUCCUGGGAAGAACGUCCCGUCAGUCUGGCGAAGUGCUCGCCGAAAGCGCAAGAGGAAACACCGGGAGUCUGUUCCAGAAAUGCCACCCCAGGAGGGAGAAGCUGCGCCCGAAGUAGCUCCGGAAGGAAGGAACCCCUGGGCCUAUGAAUACGCCCCACCGCCUCCCCCAGAGCAGUGCCUUUCUGAUGAUGAGAUCACCAUGAUGGCCCCCGUGGAGUCUAAGUUCUCCCAGUCGACAGGAGAUGCAGACAACGUGGCAGACACGAGACCCAAAGUGGCCGAGUGGCGCUAUGGGCCGGCCCAACUCUGGUACGACAUGCUAGGCAUCCCUGAAGAUGGCAGUGGAUUUGACUACGGCUUCAAGCUGAAGGAAGCCAAAGUGGAAGACAAAGAGGAAGAGGAGGAGAGUGCCGAGACUGAGAAGGAUGAGCUGCUGGCCGAUGAACACUUCCUGAUGGUCACCCAGUUGCAGUGGGAGGACGAUGUCAUCUGGAAUGGAGAGGACAUCAAGCACAAAGGGACCAAGACGCAGAGAGCCAGCCUGGCCGGCUGGCUGCCCUCCAGCAUGACCCGCAAUGCCACCGCCUACAACGCCCAACAAGGGCUGAACCGCAGUGGCUCUCUGCUCAACUUGCCUGUUCCUUUGGUGCAGAAGCCCAACAUGGCAGGAGUCCUGGGGCUUGCCAAGGGCAAAGAGAAGCAGCUCUUAGAACAACAAGGGUCCCUGGAUGAGGACAAGCCCUGGUUCUCUAUUUUCCCCAUUGACAACGAAGAGCUGGUCUACGGCCGUUGGGAGGACAAUAUCAUUUGGGAUGAUGAGGCGAUGGAGACUGUUCUGGCCCCGCCGGUUCUGACCCUGGACCCAAAUGAUGAAAACAUCAUCCUGGAAAUCCCUGACGAGAAGGAAGAGAUGACCCUGAACUCUCCUUCCAAGGAGAACAAGAAGGAGUCUUCACUCAAGAAGAGCCGGAUCCUCCUGGGCAAAACAGGGGUCAUAAAGGAAGAGCCUCAGCAGAACAUGUCUCAGCCAGAGGUGAAGGACCCCUGGAACCUCUCCAAUGACGAGUUUUAUUAUCCCAAGCAGCAGGGGCUUCGGGGAACCUUUGGAGGCAACAUCAUCCAGCACUCGAUCCCGGCGGUGGAGCUCCGCCAGCCCUUCUUCCCCACCCACAUGGGCCCUAUGAAGCUGCGCCAGUUCCACCGGCCGCCUUUGAAGAAGUACUCCUUCGGGGCCUUGUCCCAUUCGGGGGCCCAUUCCGUGCAGCCGCUGCUGAAGCAGAUCAAGAAGAAAGCCAAGAUGCGGGAACAGGAGCGCCAGGCCUCCGGUGGAGGGGAGAUGUUCUUCAUGCGCACCCCACAGGACCUCACUGGCAAAGAUGGAGACCUCAUUCUGGCAGAGUACAGUGAGGAAAAUGCCCCCUUAAUGAUGCAAGUAGGGAUGGCAACCAAGAUCAAGAACUAUUACAAGCGGAAACCGGGCAAGGAUCCAGGUGCCCCUGAUUGCAAAUACGGAGAGACGGUGUACUGCCACACUUCUCCCUUUUUGGGAUCCCUUCACCCAGGUCAACUGCUCCAGGCGUUUGAAAACAAUCUCUUCCGGGCCCCGAUCUACCUCCACAAAAUGCCUGAGACAGACUUCCUGAUUAUCCGCACACGGCAAGGCUACUACAUUCGGGAGCUGGUGGACAUCUUUGUUGUGGGGCAGGAGUGCUCUCUCUUUGAAGUCCCUGGGCCCAACUCCAAACGGGCCAAUACGCACAUCCGGGACUUCCUGCAGGUCUUCAUAUAUCGCCUCUUCUGGAAGAGCAGGGAUCGGCCCCGGAGGAUUCGUAUGGAGGACAUUAAGAAGGCCUUUCCUUCUCAUUCGGAGAGCAGCAUCCGGAAGCGGCUGAAGCUGUGUGCGGACUUCAAGCGCACCGGGAUGGACUCCAACUGGUGGGUUUUGAAGCCAGACUUCCGGCUCCCAACUGAAGAGGAGAUCCGAGCGAUGGUGUCCCCUGAGCAGUGUUGUGCCUAUUACAGCAUGAUCUCCGCUGAGCAGCGCCUGAAGGAUGCAGGUUAUGGGGAGAAGUCCUUCUUUGCCCCCGAAGAAGAAAACGAGGAGGACUUCCAAAUGAAAAUAGAUGACGAGGUGCGAACAGCCCCCUGGAACACCACCCGGGCCUUCAUUGCGGCCAUGAAGGGGAAAUGCCUUCUCGAAGUGACUGGAGUGGCUGAUCCCACUGGCUGUGGGGAAGGCUUCUCCUACGUCAAGAUCCCAAACAAACCAACGCAGCAGAAGGUCUCAUUCUUCCUGCAGCAGGAUGACAAGGAACCGCAGCCAGUGAAGAAGACAGUGACUGGGACAGAUGCGGAUCUCCGACGUCUAUCUCUCAAAAAUGCAAAACAGCUCCUGCGCAAGUUUGGCGUUCCUGAAGAGGAGAUCAAGAAGCUCUCCCGCUGGGAGGUCAUCGAUGUGGUGCGGACCAUGUCCACGGAGCAGGCACGUUCUGGUGAGGGCCCCAUGAGCAAAUUUGCCCGCGGCUCACGCUUCUCAGUGGCUGAGCACCAGGAGAGGUACAAGGAGGAGUGCCAGCGCAUCUUCGACCUUCAGAAUAAAGUGCUGGAAUCCACUGAGAUUUUGUCCACGGACACAGACAGCAGCUCUGCCGAGGACAGCGACUUCGAGGAGAUGGGGAAGAAUAUCGAGAACAUGCUCCAGAACAAGAAGACCAGCUCGCAGCUCUCCCGGGAGAGGGAGGAGCAGGAGCGGAAGGAACUGCAGAGGAUGCUGAUGGGGGAUGACAGCGGCAAUGACAAGGACCGGGGCAAGAAAGAGAAGCGUGACAGGAAAGGGCUGACCUCCACCCCUGGGAACCUCGGGGGCUCGCACAAAGAUGACGAUACGGCCUCGGUCACCAGCCUCAACUCCUCGGCCACCGGGCGCCGCUUGAAAAUCUACCGCACCUUUUGCGAUGAGGAUGGGAAAGAGUACGUUAGGUGUGAGACGGUCCGCAAGCCCUCCGUCAUUGACGCCUACAGCAGGAUCCGGACCACCAAGGACGACGAGUUCAUCCGGAAGUUUGCCCUCUUUGACGAGCAGCAUCGGGAGGAGAUGAGGAAGGAGAGGCGCCGCAUCCAGGAGCAGCUGAGGCGACUCAAGCGGAACCAAGAGAAGGAGAAGCUGAAAGGCCCCCCUGAAAAGAAACCCAAGAAGAUGAAAGAGCGCCCAGAUCUGAAGCUGAAGUGCGGUGCUUGCGGUGCCAUCGGCCACAUGAGGACCAACAAGUUCUGCCCACUCUACUACCAAACCAACGCACCCCCCUCCAACCCAGUGGCCAUGACGGAGGAGCAGGAAGAGGAACUGGAGAAGACAGUCAUCCCCAAUGACAACGAGGAGCUGAUCAAAGUGGAAGGCACCAAGAUCGUCUUGGGGAAGCAGCUCAUUGAGAGUGCGGAUGAAGUUCGCAGAAAGUCCUUAGUCCUGAAGUUCCCAAAGCAGCAGCUUCCGCCGAAGAAGAAACGGCGGGUGGGAACCACGGUGCAUUGUGACUACUUAAACCGGCCUCACAAGUCCAUCCACCGCCGACGCACAGACCCAAUGGUCACGCUCUCUUCUGUCCUGGAAGGCAUCAUCAACGACAUGCGAGAUCUUCCCAAUACAUACCCCUUCCACCAGCCCGUUAACGGGAAAGUGGUCAAAGACUACUACAAAAUCAUUCUGAAGCCCAUGGACCUGCAGACCCUGCGGGAGAACGUCCGCAAGCGGUUCUACCCGUCCCGCGAGGAGUUCAGGGAACACGUUGAGCUCAUUGUGAAGAACAGUGGCACGUACAACGGGCCCAAGCACUCCUUGACUCAGAUCUCUCAGUCGAUGCUGGACCUGUGUGACCAGAGGCUGAAAGAGAAGGAGGACAAACUGGCCCGUUUGGAGAAGGCAAUUAACCCGCUUCUGGAUGACGAUGACCAAGUGGCCUUUUCUUUCAUCCUGGACAAUAUUGUCACCCAGAAAAUGAUGGCUGUUCCAGAUUCUUGGCCCUUCCAUCAUCCUGUGAAUAAGAAAUUCGUGCCAGAUUACUACAAAGUCAUUGUCAGCCCAAUGGACCUGGAAACCAUCCGCAAGAAUAUCUCCAAACACAAAUAUCAGAACCGAGAGAUCUUUCUGGAUGAUGUGAACCUGAUCCUUACCAACAGCAUCAAAUACAAUGGGCCUGACAGCCAAUACACCAAAACAGCCCAAGAAAUUGUCAACAUCUGCUACCAAACGCUGGCCGAGUAUGAUGAGCACUUGACCCAGUUGGAGAGGGACAUCUCGACCGCAAAAGAAGCUGCCUUAGAGGAGGCCGACCUGGAGAGCCUGGACCCCAUGACCCCCGGCCCCUACACGCCACAGCCCCCAGACCUGUACGACACCAACACCUCCCUGAGCAUGUCCCGCGAUGCCUCAGUCUAUCAGGACGAGAGCAACCUCUCUGCGAUGGACACCCCCACAACAACCCCUGAGAAGCAGGGGGCACAGAUGCGGCCGGGCCGAUGUAGGCUGGGCGAGGAAGACUCUGACGUAGAUAUUGAAGGGUUUGAUGAGGAUGAGGAUGGGAAGCCUAAGACUCCAGCCCCAGAAGUGGAAGAUGGAGAUGGAGACGGAGACCUGGCUGACGAGGAGGAAGGUCUGGCCCAGCAGCCCCAGGCCAGCGUGCUUUACGAGGACUUGCUCAUGUCUGAUGGAGAGGAUGAUGAGGAUGAUGGCAGCGACGAGGAGGGUGACAACCCUUUCUCAUCCAAUCAGCUGAGCGAAAGCGGGAGCGAUUCCGAAGUGGAGUCUAGCGAAAUGAGACCCAAGCAGCCCCACGUCCUCCAAGAAAACACUAGGAUGGGCCUGGACAACGAAGAGAGCAUGAUGUCGUACGAAGGGACUGGUGGGGAGACGUCGCAUGCCAUGGAGGACAGCAAUGCCAGUUAUGGUAGCUAUGAGGAGCCCGACCCAAAGUCCAAUACCCGGGACACUAGUUUCAGCAGCAUUGGUGGCUAUGAGAUUUCGGAAGAGGAAGAGGAUGAGGAGGAGGAGGAGGAAGAACAGCGCUGUGGUCCUAGUGUUUUGCAUCAGGUCCCUCUCUCAGAGGAUGAGGAAGACAGUGAGGACUUCCAAUCUAUCGGUGGAGACAGUGAUCUGGACUCCGAUGAGUAAAGCCAUCUCACAGUGAACAACACCUUCCUGAGGCCUGAUCAACAUCUUUUUGCUGUUUCUUCUCCACUGAAAUUUGGACAUUCUCUGCUGCUAUUCUGAGCGUUACUCCUGGCCUUGCUUUCUGUUGUGUCCUUGCUCAUAUUUGUACCUUUUCUAUUAUUUUUCUCCCCUGUACAAAACAGAAUGACUCCAGGUCCCAUUUUUUACCUGUAAAAUUGAACUGCUCUAUAUUUUCAAAUGAUGCGUGAGUCAGUUUGUUCCUGUGGAGAUUUCUCGUGUGUGUGUGUGUGUGUGUAGAUAUAAGUCUGUGUUAGUAUUAAGGGGCUGAUGUGAGCCAUACGUGUUUGAUCACAAGAUCCUUUUGCUCCCAAACAAUGUUUCAGCACAGAUGCUGUAUUUACAGCUCAAGACCCCAUGUGUCAAAGGACUUGACAAACCGUGAAUAAAACUUUUCCUGUAUAA